UGGCUGAGAGGGAGUGAGAUUGUCCAGAGAGAUUCCACAGGUGAACUAGGUCUUCCGGAUGAAGAUAAAAGGUUGAGAAAUGUCUUCAAUUUCGUUGCGAGUCGAUCAGAUGAUGGACAGGAGUACACCUGCUUGGCUGAAGUGGACUUGGGCUCUAAUACCACAAAGUCAAUCACAAACUCUUCUGUCACACUGCAAACUUACGCUUUCAUGGAUCAGCCUAGAAUCCUGGACAAAAGACCCAAAGAAGUGAAGCAAGAGGUCACAUUAACAUGUGAGGUCUCAAGUGUCUAUCCUACUGAGAAGAUGAGAGUAAGAUGGUUUCAGGAUGGUGUGGAACUGAACUCAGAUACCACAAGGCCAAAUUCCAACAUUGUCCGAAUAACAGCAGCAUGGACACCACAGGAAUCUGGUCUGUUGGAAGUCGUCUGUAUGGCCGAUUUUGAGAAAUAUCCAUCAAUUCCCUCAAAGAAUAAUAGUGCUUUCAUUGAGGUGUAUGCUUUCUCUUCCCCUGAAAUCCAAGUACCAACCAGCCAGGAAGGAAAUCUGGUUAAUAUUACAUGCCUUGUGUUAAAAGUCUCAGGGGAUCUUGAACUCAGACUGAAGAAAGGAAAUGACACAUUAGUGAAUGGAUCAAGCAGUACUGGGCUCACUAUCUCUCAUACAGUAGAAGCUCAAGUUAAGCUGGAUGGACAGCAGUAUAUCUGUGAAGCUGAACUGAAACUUCAAGAUCAGUCAAUGACAAGCCCUGUUAUAAAACAACAGAUUGAAACCCUCCAUGUCCUGUGCUAUCACUCCCUUCCUAAAGUGUAACUAUGGAGGUGAGUGCCCUUGACUACAUCUCACAACAGGUGGCCCAUCAUCGUUGGUGGUUCCUAGCAAAUGAUGAUGAUGAUGAUGAUGAUGAUGAUGAUGAUGAUGAUGAUGAUGAUGACGAUGACGACGACG